AUGGCCGAUCCGGCAGUCCUGGAAAACCAACAGCUACCUCCCCUGGCUACUGAGAAUGGCGAUCGUGGGCCUGUUUCGGAGGUCUCCGCGAUGUCACAACUCGAUCAAGAUAUGGGCGAAGUCGAUGUGCAGCAACCGCGAGAGGCUCCCAGAAAAGAUGGUAUAGAUCCGCCAACCCUAUCAAAGAGCCAGUUGAAGAAAUUAAAGCGCAGGCAGUUGUGGGAGGAGCAGAAGGAGGAUCGCAAGGUGAAGAGGAAGGAAAAGCGACACAGUCAACGAGCGAGAAAACGAGCCGAGAGGGACGUGAAGAUCGCAGAGGCCAAGGCAGCGGGCUUGGAUCCUCUUGAGGUCCUCAGGAACGGACGGCCUACUCCUCACCCGAAAUGGGUGGUACCCCUCACCCUGAUCAUCGACUGCGACUUCGAAAAAUAUAUGAGCGAGAAGGAGCUGGUCUCUCUGUCGAGCCAGAUCACGCGAUCCUACUCAGACAACCGUCUCAGCAAGUACCAAACCCAUCUCUUCUUGAGCUCUUGGAAGGGGUUCUUGAAGACGCGGUACGAGACAGUUCUACAUGACAAUCACAAAAGAUGGAAAAACACAUAUACUGUGGAGGGCGACUUUCUCGAAGCCGCCAAAGCGGCACAUACCUUGAUGAAGGGAGCGGAUGGAGGAACACUGCCCGAGAUCUUGAAGCAAGGAUCACAACAUACAUCUAUAAAGGGUGAUGCCGACUCAACGCCCGUCCCAGAACCCGAGAUCGCUGAGGGCGAUGCUUCCGUGGUCUACCUCACGUCCGACUCACCAUACACACUUGAGAGGCUUGAGCCUUACACAAGUUAUGUGAUUGGAGGGAUCGUCGACAAGAAUAGGGAGAAAGGUCUCUGCUACAAAAUUGCGAGGGAAAAGGGCGUCCGGACAGCCAAGUUGCCGAUUGGAGAAUACAUGAUCAUGGCGAGCAGGCAAGUCCUGACAACAAAUCAAGUCGUUGAGAUUAUGACGAAAUGGCUCGAGUUUGGGGAUUGGGGGGUCGCUUUUGACGCUGCGAUACCGAAGAGAAAAGGCGGCAAGCUGCGCAGUGCGAGUGAAGACCAGGAUGAAGAGGGUGCAGAAGACGAUGGAGAAGUGGACGCAGAGGAUGGCGAAAACAACGGCGAUGAGGCCGUCGAGGUCACAGCUCGAGAGACGGAGGGCGCAGCAGAUGUCUAG